GACUCGUUGCUGCCCACGGACACCUCCAGUGGGGCUCCUGAGUGGAACUGGCACCGGUCAUGGUCUGGAGGGUGGUGGUGGUGGUGGUGGUGCUCGGCGGCCUGCUGUUGAUUCAUUGCGGGGAGGGGCGCGUCAUGAGGCCGAGUUUUGGCCGAACUGGGUUGGAUGCAGCGCGGAGUCAAGUCAGGAGAGACGCUGGGACUUCCAGGGCUUCCAGCGGGGCUUCCUUUGAGUCUUGCCGGGUCAGCCUAACACCCGAAGAGCACGAAGUUCUGGAUGACAACACUCAUGAGACAGGUUUUAACGGUGAUGAUGGCUCUUAUGUGAUCCUCACGUGGGUGGGUGAUGGCACAGGGGUCAUCCUGGUCUUGUCCACCAUCAGCGCCCCCAUAGACACCUUCCUGGAAGGCGGUUCCUCUCGACUGUACAGAAGUACGGAUUACGGCAAGUCCUUCCACGACAUCUCUCACAGCAUCAACCACACCUUCAUCAAAGAGGAGUUUGGCGUCAGCGUGGGACCAGGAAGUUCUGUGAUACUGGCAGCAGACACCCCGGUGGUGGACCAUCCAGGAGGCAUCAUCUUCACCUCCACUGACGCCGGCGCCACCUUCCGCGUCAUUCAGCUCCCCUUCCACUUGGCACAACCCAUCACUUACCACUUCCUCAACCCAGACUACCUCGUAGCGCUCAGCAUCGACGGCGGUCUGUGGCUGUCUCCGGACUUUGGUGCCAAGUGGACAAAAGUUCAUGAUGGAGUGCAUUCCUUCUCAUGGGGCGCCGGUAUCAACUUGUUCUUCAGCUGCAGCAAAACUGACACAAUGGAUGCAGAAGAGCGAGGAGAUUUACAGCUGAAGAGGACAAAGGACCUCGGGAAGACCUUCACCAUCAUCCACGAGGACGUCUUCAGCUUCGGGUACAUCGGAGCCUUUCUGUUCUUCUCGGUCAUGGAAGACACGCGGUCCCCCAGGGUCAUGUAUUUUUCCUCCGACCAAGGAGACACUUUCAGUCGGGCGCUACUUCCUUCUGCUUCCACUGAGCAGUUUUACUCCAUCUUGGACGGCGAUGAGGACAUGCUGUUCAUGCAUGUGGACAAUCCUGGAGACACCUACUUCGGAACCAUGUACACGUCGGACGACCGCGGCAUCCUUUUCUCCAAAUCCCUGGAGCGCCACCUUUUUGACGGGCAGAGGAAGAGCGACUUCCGGAACGUGACGUCGCUGCGAGGUGUUUACCUCACCAAUAAACUGGACCAAGAUGGACGAAUACGAUCGGUCAUUUCCUUCAAUCGCGGAGGAAGUUGGCAGCAGCUUUCCAAACCCGGGAACGUAGAAUGUGGACAGGAAGUAAAGAAUUGCAAGCUUCACAUUCACGGAGAACACAGUCGCAUCAAUCGCAUCGUGCCCAUGCUCCUCAUGUCCGAACCCACCGCCGUCGGUCUCGUCAUCGCCCACGGCACCGUGGGGGAUUGCCUGUCGUCCUCGCAGCACCCGGAUGUCUUUGUGUCAUCAGACGGGGGCUACAACUGGAGAGGGACUUUAAGGGGUCCCCAUCACUACAGCAUACUGGACUCUGGCGGUCUUGUGGUGGCUGUGGAGGCUCAGCGAGAAGGACAAGUCAAGACCAUCAAGUUCUCCACAGACGAGGGGCGGUGCUGGAAGUCGUACAAUUUCACAGAGCAGCCCUUCUUCUUCGCCGGCUUGUCUUCCGAGCCGGGCACCAAGGCCCUGAGCGUCAGCGUUUGGGGCUUUCGUCCCGAAGACGACGGCCAGCCCAUGUGGGUUGCCGUCACCAUCGACUUCCAGAGCCUCGUCACUAGAGAAUGUGAUGAGCAGGAUUAUGAAGAGUGGUUGGCUCAUUCGCCGCAGGGAGGAGCUUCAGAGAUGGACGGCUGCGUCUUAGGCAUCAAGGAGACGUACAGGAGGCGGAGGAAAGAAUCCGUGUGCAGGAACGGUCGCGGUUUCAUCCCGAGGAAGAAGGAAAUUCCAUGCUUGUGCACCAGAGAGGACUACUUGUGCGACUACGGCUACUACCGCCAUGUUAACACGUCCAAGUGUGUGCCACAGCCCGAUGUCCACAACAAAACUUUGGAGACGUGUCUCAACGGACAAGAGGAUGAGCUCUUCACGGCGGGGUAUCGGAAAGUCCCAAGCGACAGAUGUGAAGGGGGAUUUUCUCCUCAACUGGCGGUGCAGACCAUCAUAAGACCCUGCGGUGUCAAGCCCACCUCCAAUUCACCGCCCACACGCUCCGAGUUGCCAGUUAGCCAUUUUGACACACCGCGGGAGAGGAUGGUGCUGAUGCUGGUGUGCGUCGGAGCAGGCGUCAUCGUGGUGGCAGCGGUCGUCUCCGCCUUCAUAGCCAUCAAAAGAGGCGUUUACCGCAACAGGGCACCCGACUAUCGCUUCUCCAAUCUCCAGAGUCAAGAUGACCGCAGCGGCGUCGCAGGGGACCUUGAAAGCGCCACCAGCAGCAACGGAACAAGCAGUCCACAGGACUCGGAUAAUCUAAAUCUUCUGCAGUGAAGUUCACCCGUCGGACCAUAAGACUCCAGGAGGGUUCUUUGGCUCUACAGGACAACCACAGAAGAAUUAAAUAUAUUUAUUUAUUGACA